UCUUUCCCAGCCUUUCCUCAAGCCAACUCCAUCCACCAUUGGCACUUUGCAGGACCUCACAGCCCACAAGCAACUGGCAGCCAUGAAGAUCCUCUACCUGCUCUUCGCUGUUUUCCUCCUCAUCUUCCAGGCUACUUCAGGUUCUGCAGAUCCCCUUUUUGCUGACACUGCAGAGUGCAAGAGCCAGGGAAAGGGAAAUUUCUGCCUUGCCGGGGCGUGCCCACCCACCUUCACUGCCUCGGGGACCUGCCAAAACGGGAUGCUGAACUGCUGCUCCAAGUAA